AUGACAAUUUUAUCAAAGAGGAUCUUUGACAAGAUCAAGUUGGAUGACGCUCCAUUUCUGCAGCAAGGGGCCAUCAAAGUUACAGGAGUCAAUGGAGCAGGUUUAAAGGUUGAAGGGCAUGCUGUCAUGGACAUUAUUCUUGAUGGACACAAAUACACACAUCCUAUCUUUGUGUGUGAAGUUUUUCCAGAUGCAAUACUGGGUCAAGAUUUCCUUUUGAAACAUGUGAGUGCCAUCGACUACAAACGUCUGAAACUAAAUUCAAGGAAUUCUUCAUUAAGCUGUUGGAUUGCAUCUGAAGCUGAAAUGAGCUGCCGUGUUGAAGUGAGUGAGACCACAGUUAUUCCACCUCAUUCUGGAGCCUGGAUCAUCAUGAAGAUACCCAGAGCAAAUAAACUUGCCCCAGUUGGUAUGAUAGCGGGGAAAAGGGAUCUUCCACCAGGAUUAAAUAUACCUGAUUGCAUAAUAGAUACAUCUGAAGAGGUCCAGAAAAUAAAUGUCCUCAACUUCAGUCCUGAUGAAGUAAAGCACCAUUGUAACAUGGUUUUGGGAUUAGCCGAGUCGCUGUAUAUUCAUGAGGGUGUACAUGACAGAUGUGCUUCAGUCUACUGCGAUGCCAAUGCGGAUGCUUCAAAUUCACAGUCUACACACCUGCCUGGGCACCUCAAGGACCUUUGGCAAAGAAGCUCCAAGCAUCUCUCCAUUGAUGAGAGUGCAGAUUUGGCAAUUCUUCUUGCGAAAUACCAACAAGUCUUUGCAACUUCAUCAGCUGACCUUGGUAGAACCUCACAAGUGGAACACCGCAUCAACACUGGGACAGCCUGUCCUAUUAGGCAACCUCCACGCAGGCAACCCUUAGGAAAACGGGAAAUUGAAAAAAGAAGAGAUCCAGAAGAUGCUGGAACGGGGAGUAAUUGA